AUGGCUCCAACUCUCACAGUCAAUGGCCAGCCCGUCGAGGCAUACAGCGACACCAAGCCGACGACCAUCCAAUACGAAGCUACUUCCGAAUUACCUGCAAUUCACCAGCGAGCCCUUCCUCCCCGACCAUUAGGCGAUCAUAUUCCUCCUCGUGGUAUCCGAGAGCCUGUCAAUGUUCCUCGAGACCGUGGUCUUUCAGCAGACCCCAAUCUCCCGCACCUUCUCGCCAAUGCCGAACGUAUUGACCUGACGCCAUCUUUGGGAACACUGAUUAGCGGUAUUCAGCUCUCAGCAUUGACAUAUGAGCAGAAAGAUGAGUUGGCGCUGUUGGUCGCUCAUCGAGGCGUUGUUUUCUUCCGGGGUCAAGACAUUACGGCUGGGCAACAGCGUGACUUAUUUGACUACUAUGGAACCCCCGAGUUACUUCCGGACCCCGAAGACGAAAAGGCAGCAGGAAAGCCAAUUGUCCAUGGCAUUCAAGAACAGGAGGAGGACUACCGAGGGGUUUACGUUCAUUUCAAAUGGCCAUUUGCCGACUUCCACGCGGACAGCAGUUUCCAGGCCAACCCACCUUCGUUCUCACUCUUGAGGAUCGAUGAACUGCCUCCCACCGGUGGCGACACUGCAUGGAUCUCAGGAUACGGCACCUACGAAACACUCUCCGAGCCACUUCAACGUUUCGCAGACGGAUUGAAAGCAUGGCAUAGUUCUGAGCACGUCUACGACUCCGUCCUCAACCACUGGGGCAAAUCGCCUCAAGAACGACCCGUCGAGACCCUCCACCCAGUCGUGACCACCCACCCGGUGACCGGAUACAAGGUCCUGAACCUCAAUUCCGGAUUCGUCACUCGGAUUGAUGGCCUCAAGCGCUACGAAUCCGAUAAGAUCCUCGAGCUACUCUUCGCGCACAUCCACACGGCCCAAGACCAUACGGUCCGGUUCCGCUGGGAGAAGAACUCUGUGGCGUUGUGGGAUAAUCGUGCUACAACUCACCGAGCCACGCAUGAUUAUGCCCCUCUCCAUCGUCACGGGGUGCGGGUUACCAUCAAGGGCCAGGUUCCUCGUCAUGUUCCGGAGAGCGAGAGUCGGAAAAAGGCGGUUGUGAAGGCGCUGAAAGAGGGAAAGGUGUAUGCGGUACACGAUGAGAACACAAGAACGGGGAAUUAUGCUGAACGGGGGUUUCCAAAAGUAUAG